CCUCGUCUGAAACUCAGCCUUUGGAGAAGUCACUGACGAGGCUUCGGUGGCAGCGGCUCGGUUUUCUUGGAGUCAAGAUGUGGGCUGCUAAAUUCGUGAACGCCCGUUCGCCUCUCCUGUCCUCGGUGCUGUUGCUCUCGAAGGGAGCCCCAGCUUCCAGCUCGCCCUUUCACUCCUCGGCGCGCUGCCAUGGGGCUAAAGUAGCUGUGGUUCUUUCUGGUUGUGGUGUUUAUGAUGGCACUGAAAUCCAUGAAGCCGCUGCGAUAAUGGUUCAUUUGAGCCGAGGAGGAGCCAAUGUUGACAUGUAUGCCCCAAAUAUUUCUCAGAUGCAUGUUGUUGAUCACAGCAGAGGGCAGCCAGCUGACAGGGAAUCGAGAAACGUCUUAACAGAAUCAGCAAGGAUCGCUCGUGGGAAAAUUAUUGACUUGGCUAGACUUACUGCAAGAGACUAUGAUGCGGUAGUAUUUCCUGGAGGCUUUGGAGCUGCUAAAAAUCUGUCUACCUUUUCUGUGGAUGGGAAAGAUUGUAAAGUUAACAAGGAUGUUGAGCGUGUGCUGAAAGACUUCCACAAAUCAGGGAAGCCCAUUGGGUUGUGCUGUAUUUCCCCUGUCUUGGCUGCAAAGGUUCUACCUGGCACUGAAGUCACUGUAGGCCAAGAACAAGAACAAGGUGGGAAGUGGCCUCAUGCUAGGACUGCUGGAGCUAUUAAAGCCAUGGGAGGAAAACACUGUGCUAAAGAUGUAACAGAAGCGCAUGUGGACAAUACCAACAAGAUAGUUACUACACCAGCAUUUAUGUGUGAAACUGAAUUUCAUCACAUUUUUGACGGUAUCGGAGCCAUGAUAAAAAAUGUUUUAAGGCUGACAGGCAAAUGAAAUGGAUUGUUGAAUAACAAAAAGCAAUAGAUUUUAGGAAUAUUGCAGCUGUGAUGACAAAAGUUGGCACAGAAUGUACUUUUAGAUGUAUUUUAGAGGAUUGACUUAAAUUUUUGAAUUGGAGCAUCCUUCACUUAUUGAAUCAGGAUCCUUUUAUGUCAAACUCUUUUCCAUAUAGUCCAUCAUCACUGGCAAUAUCACCUAUUGUUAAACAAAUUGGAAAUAAUGACUCAAGUAUUUAAAGUAUUUACCAGCUGAUACCAGAAUGUUUCCAAUAUUAUAUCAUGACUUUGCAAAUAUGAUUUAGCAUGUUAAAGUUGUACAAUUGGAUUUGAAUCACUAAUAUGACAAACUCUUGAGAACCUAAUU